UUUGAUGCGGGCUACUAACCUAUGACCUCUGAAAGCGUUUCGGUAGCAACAUGUAAACAACCACACGGAAAGUACAAUUCACUCUGAAAUUUAACGUUUUUUGCCUCCGAUUUAGUACUUCUUGUGACGAUUUUGUCGGGCAAACCACCAAAAAGAGUGUAAAGGUGUCAGGAUGACGAGCGGUAACGCCAAGACGGACGCGGCCAUCAACCGAGUCUUUGGGCUUCUCCAGGAGUGGGACAAGGGGAACAAGACGACGCGCGGGCGGAUCCUGGAGGAGUUCAUCGCCAACAACCAGGGCAAGACGGCGCCGGAACUGGAGCUGGAGUUCGCGCAGGCCGCCAGCCUCUUCCUCACACGGCUCACCGCCUGGAUCAGGCUCACUUACAUGUUAGGCACGUGUGUGAACCAGCAACUCCAGGCCAUACAGAUCUUCCUGUCAGCACCUAGUGGUCACAAGUACCUUGGAGAGUUCCUUGAGGUGGGCGGAGUCUUGACGGUUCUUGAGAUCCUGGGUUUGAAGCAGGCUAAGGAGGCUGACAAGGCGGAGGCUCUUAAGCUGCUGCAGACCAUCUGUAACGCUGGCAGGAAGUACAAGGAACUCAUCUGUGAGAGCUACGGUAUCCGAGCAGUUGCAGAGUGUCUAGCCCGCGCUAAGUCAGAGGAAACACAGGAACAGUGCAGACAACUGCUACAGAUGCUAGCUCAGGGCAACCCUAAGUAUGAGGUCCAGGUGUACAAGGGCCUGAUCGCUCUGCUGCCUGCCUCCUCGCCUAAAGCUCAGCAGAUGGCAGCACAGACUCUCAGGAUAGUACAGCCCAUCGUGGCAGAAGCCAACCCCAACAUCGUGGAGCCGCUACUGGGUCUGCUCAGGACCCUGCAUCUGGAGGUGCAGUAUGAAGCUAUUGAGCUGAUAAAGGACCUGAUGUCUUACGAGAUACAGAAGCUGAUCCUCAAACGUCUGGUGGAACUUCUGAAGGCGACGUUAGACGAGACGGUCAGGAGACCUCAGAUCUUAGAAGACACAGAUGUGGAGAAGAUGUCUGCCCCCCUCCCUGUUUAUGUACAACAAGCAGCAGCCGCCAAGACUCUCGGAGUUCUGUGCAGGGAGUCGAAUGAAACAGCAGACAAGCUGAUACAGAUGAGAGUUGUGCAUAACCUGAUGGUUGCUAUGGGGAACUCCGCCCAUGCCGACAGCCAGAGGCAAGGCAGCGUUACACUGGAGUACCUGUGCAGAACCUUCCCCAUUGUGAAUGAGACCUGCAGAGACGCCAUGGGGGAAAACCUCUACAUCAUGUUCAUGUCGAACCCAGACAGCCUGUACUCCGCUAUGGAUGCCAUCCAGUGUGACGUCCUUAGGUCCAACAAGGUUAACAUCCCAGGACGUAAGUACCUUGUCUUUCCUUGA